CGACAUCCAUCAUGGAGCUAGUAGUAGAGAUACCAGCGAACGCAAGGAAGAUCAAAGACCCAGAUGAUGGAUUGACGCACUCAGAAACUCCAGCGUCACCAAGCGCUAAGCAGGCUAACAGCUAUCUCGCCAACUUCCUGACAUCCUCCCUAUUGAGCAGUGUAUCAUUCAGCCAACCACCACCAGAUACAACGACGCACAAGGCUCCUUUGAAUUUACAAACGACGUCCGUAAAUUUUCGCAACUUCGUACAAAAGACUGGGCCGAUUUUUGCGAUAUUGGACAACAUCGAAGGUAUUAUCUUAUGGCGAUCAACUAACAGGACAAUAUUGACAAUACUCGUGUGGACUCUGUUGUGUCUUUAUCCACGUUUGGUCUUGUUAACACCGCAUAUCGCACUCCUCGUUCUUCUACUUAGAAAUCACGCUAUACGUUAUGGAAGUAACGAUAGGGAAGCAGAAGAGACACCACCAGAGCCCAAGAUGCCUGAACCAACGAGUCCUGACUAUUAUAUGAAUUUGCAAUCGAUCCAGAAUUUGAUGGGUACAACCACAGAGGUCAUUGAUGGCACUAUGCCUAUCUACAAAAAGCUGAAUUGGAGUGACGAGGAAGCCAGCAGAGAUAUUUUGAAGUAUGUAGUUAUAGCGCUUACAAUGACGACUGCCGUACUCCCCUGGAUACCUGUCAGGCUUCUUAUAGCGACAGGUGGAUACAUAGUCCUAGCUAUAAACCAUCCAAUCGUCAAGGAAUUUAUUCAUUUAUAAAAUAAUUGUAAUUUAUGUGUAAUUUUAGAUUGAUGGAUAGUAUAGAAACAACGGGAGAGAAUCAAUAUAUAC